UUCAUUUGGUUGGUGUUAGGACCCUGAGGACAGGUUCUUUUUUCUUCAGCUGCGGCGACUUGGCUGACAGCUUCCAUUGCUGUUGCCUAGUGCCUGACCAAAGCCGGUUGUCAAAGAAAGGGUGUGGGGAACAGAGGACGUUUACUAUUUCUGCAGCAGGCAUGCAGCUCUUGUUGGCACUCAAGUCGUGGAUACCGGUCUAACUACGCGUUUCUGCAUCCCCUUGCGUUUUGAAGGGAAAAAACAUCGUGUAAGAUUGCAAAGAGAUUCAAAUGUUUUCCUGGGGAUUUUUUUGUUUUCAUCCUUCUGACAUUCCAGGUUUUGCCCAGCGUUGAGAAUGACGUUCUUGGUAUAUGCUUUAAUUUCCAGUUGUACAUAGCUUUCCUGGAGAACACUUUCGAGGAAACAUUGUGAGUAAAUACUGCAAUUACUUUAUGUUCUGCUUCGUUUCGUCCUAUCUUUCUCAUCUCGUUAGUAGCAGGGGCUAGGUUUACGAAUGCGAUAUGUAUGCCAUCAUAUAGGAUUCUCACCUGAAGAAAACCUGUGCACACUGUAAAUGAUCAGAUUUCAAAAGCGCAUGGAAACUGUAGUGGCAUUAGCAAUCUGACUGGUGAGGCAUUGUUCACUGACUGUCCUCCUAGACAAAACGACACUGAUACAGAGCCCUUGGAUCACUAGAGGACUGUUUUUUGACCUUCGCCGCUCACUCUUGUUAGUCCUUAAUAAAAUAGCCUACAAUGUCUAUAAACCGAAGCAUCGAAUGGGAACAUUUUGAGGAGCGAGAAAAGGCCCAUCGAUCCUCACGGGGGAGCGGGUCGGCAACUCAAAGCGGUUCCAGAGGCAAUGGGCUUGUACCCAGUCCAGCUCACAGUGCACAUUGCAGCUUCUACCGCACUCGCACUUUGCAGUCGCUUACUUCAGAGAAGAAAGCGAAAAAAGUUCGCUUUUACCGGAAUGGAGACAAAUACUUCAAGGGCUUGGUGUAUGCGGUGUCUAACGACCGGUUUAGGUCCUUGGACGCUCUUCUCAUGGAACUCACGCGCUCGCUUUCGGACAAUGUGAACUUGACCCAAGGUGUAAGGAGCAUAUUCACAGUGGAUGGGACCAGAAAGAUAACGAGUCUUGAAGAGCUGGUAGAAGGGGAGAGCUAUGUGUGUGCAUCCAAUGAGCCGUACCGUAAGGUGGACUACACCAAGAAUGUGAAUCCUAACUGGUCACUGGGAGUAAAAACAGGCACAUCCCGCUCUCUCUCAUCACUCAGCUCGCUUAAGAAUGAACACCUUCGGGAGAGCAAGGACUUUAUCAAGCCCAAACUGGUCACCGUCAUCCGCAGCGGCGUCAAGCCCCGCAAGGCUGUCCGCAUCCUCCUCAACAAAAAGACAGCUCACUCCUUCGAGCAGGUGCUUAAUGACAUCACCGAUGCUAUCAAGCUGGACUCUGGAGCUGUCAAGAGGCUUUACACUUUGGAAGGCAAACAGAUCUCAUGCCUGCAAGACUUCUUUGGGGAGGAUGACGUGUUCAUCGCAUGCGGCCCAGAGAAACACCGCUAUGCCCAGGAUGACUUUGUGUUGGAUCACAGUGGUAAGGCUUCAGCAGCCUUUCUAACUGAGUGUCGAGUGUUGAAGUCCUCGUACACACGAUCCUCCACUCCCGCAAGGGCUUCAGCAGGGUCCAAGAGCCCAGGAGCCACACGCCGCAGCAAGUCCCCUGGGUCAGUGAGAAGAGCCACAGGCCACUAUUCCACCAGCAGUCAGUCACCUGUCAAGUCUCCCGUAAAUGGCAUUCCCAGCAGUCAGAUCUCCACACCUAAGUCCACCAAAUCCUCCAGCUCUUCCCCCACCAGCCCUCGCAGCAUGCACAGCUUCAAGUUCAGCUGCAACACGCGGCUGAGGGAGCCUCCCCGAUGCCCUGCUCAGAUUCCUCCACAUCAUACUUCAGCCUCCAAUGUGAAUGGUUCAAAUGAGCAGCCACCUGCUAACAGUCUCAGUCCUGAAGUCAAUGGCAACAGAAACAUGUCUGAAUCCACCGUUAUGGAGAAGUAUAACAUUGGGAAAGUCAUUGGUGAUGGAAAUUUUGCUAUAGUAAAAGAAUGUACUGAACACUCCACUGGUAAAGAGUUUGCUUUGAAGAUCAUAGACAAGACUAAGUGUGCUGGCAAAGAGCACCUUAUAGAGAAUGAGGUGGCUGUUUUAAGGCGGGUCAAGCACCCCAACAUCAUCAUGCUGAUUGAGGAGGUGGACACUCCCACAGAGCUUUACCUGGUCAUGGAGUUGGUGAAGGGUGGUGACCUGUUCGAUUCCAUCACCUCUUCCACAAAAUACACAGAGAGAGAUGCCAGUGUGAUGGUGUUCAACUUGGCAGGGGCCCUCAAGUACCUGCACCGAAUGAGCAUAGUGCACAGAGACAUCAAACCAGAGAAUCUACUGGUGUGUGAGUAUCCUGAUGGCACCAAGUCCUUGAAAUUAGGAGACUUUGGAUUGGCUACCGUGGUGGAGGGACCUCUGUACACUGUGUGUGGGACACCCACAUAUGUGGCCCCAGAGAUCAUCGCUGAGUCUGGUUAUGGACUGAAGGUGGACAUCUGGGCUGCGGGAGUGAUCACCUACAUCUUGUUGUGUGGAUUCCCUCCAUUCCGCAGUGAGAAUAACCUUCAGGAGGACCUGUUUGACCAAAUCCUGCUGGGUCGCUUGGCGUUCCCCACCCCUUACUGGGAGAAUAUAAGUGCCUCUGCUAAGGAGCUCAUUGGCCGCAUGCUUCAGGUGAAUGUGGAGGCCAGGUACACUGCAGAGGAUGUGCUGGGUCACCCUUGGGUCACGCAGGAGGAUGCUGCUCUGGGGAAUAACACAAGGAUUGAGGUGACAGGUAAACUCAAGACACAUUUUAACAACACGCCAAAGCAGAACAACACUUCCGCCGGAGUGUCCGUCAUCAUGAACACAGCGCUAGAUAAGGAAAACAUCCAGCUUCAUCGUCGUCGCCAGAACAACAGCCUGCCUUCCCCUGCCUCUGUGCUAUCAGAGAAGAUCUCCUGUCCUGAUCCAUCAGAGAAGACCCUAUUUUGUGACCGUUCCCCCAAAACACCCCUCUCCGUUCAUUGGGAGAAUCUGCCAUCACCCUCUGUACCUGAGCCAGACAACCCCUGUGCCCCCUCACCAGAGAAGCCACCCCCUUCACCUGUGACCCCUCACCAGAGAAGCUUCCCCCCUCCACCUGUGACCCCUCACCAGAGAAGCUUCCCCCCUCCACCCGUGACCCCUCACCAGAGAAGCUUCCCCCCUACACCCGUGACCCCUCACCAGAGAAGCCACCCCCUCCACCCGUGACCCCUCACCAGAGAAGCCACCCCCCUCCACCCGUGACCCCUCACCAGAGAAGCCUCCCUCCUCCACCUGUGACCCCUCACCAGAGAAGCCACCCCCCUCCAUCUGUGCCCCCUCACCAGAGAAGCUUCCCUCCUCCACCUGUGACCCCUCACCAGAGAAGCUUCCCUCCUCCACCCGUGACCCCUCACCAGAGAAGCCACCCCUCUCCACCUGUGACCCCUCACCAGAGAAGCCACCCCCUCCACCUGUGACCCCUCACCAGAGAAGCCACCCCCCUCCACCUGUGCCCCAACUGCUCCUCCAGCCCCCUCAUCUGCGGAGCCUCCCCCUGGGGUUCCACUGGAGAGCUCUGAAGCUGCUGCUGCUCCCACUGCUGUGGCCCCUAGUCCCCCCCUCCCUCCUCCUGAGCCCCCCACAUCGCUCUCCUGGCCUGCGCCUCCUCCGCCCCCCUCCAGCUCUCUCCCAGAGCCACCUCUAUGCAGCCUUGAGUACGAAGGCCCUCCUCCUGCUUGGAAGCUGCUGAGGGAGGAGUGAGCCCUCUCGUCCCCCACACCCACCCCACACUCACGCCUGGCCAGGGGAGAUGAGCUUAGCCACCCUUACUUUAAGGUCAUACAUUUUCCAAGUAUGAGCACAAUGUAUAUACAAUUGUCGCAUACAAUGAAUUUACCCAUUCAUAGAAAAGAGCUUAAACCAGGAAAAAGCUGGUUCUUCUGACUUCCUAAGCCAAGGCUCUCAGAUAAAGCUGGUUCCACAGUAGAAAGCUCACCACUGCAUGUAUUGCAUUUGCAUGUAUUAGGUAGUUCUUUUCAGCUCCAUCCCAAUGUCAGAUCCCUUUCAAGCUUUGCCUAUAUUCCUUAUGCCUAACGCAGGCUCCUCAGAUACCAGACACACUCCUCUGUCACACAGAUAAAGUCAACUAGAAGCAUUAAAUGCUCCUCCUAGUAAACAUAACUUGUGUUCCCUUAAAAUGGAUCUUGCAUGAUUAAUAUUCUCAUGAAUCCUCCAUUACCUGAGUCAGUGUUAUUACGUAGAAAAACCGAGUAUUUUAACUAUUCCCUACAUUGUACGGAAUACACUGGGGAGAUAUGCCUUCUAGAGUACUUGUAAUGUAACCUGAGUUGUGCUACUGCCCUGCCCUGGGCAUUCAGAUGGACAAUCUGUGACCUUGAGAGUCAGACAUGCCUCGUGAAAGACGUGCCUCAGGACGUGUCAAACUGGCUACUAGCCUCAUCCCGUCCACUCUACCAGCUGUUGUUCUUAUCACUCUAGCAUGAACAUGACCAAUUAAAUGGCUGCUCUAAUCCCUAGUUGCUCAUGGCAGCAUUAAGGCAGGACACAUAUCUAUAUACUAUUCAUUACUCAACUCUUAUCCAACAUCAGUAGGGUUUACAUUUUUAUCAGAACAUGCUCAUUGGGAAUCCAAUCCAAUAUUGGUUUAGUUAGCACUAUGCUGUACGUGGUGAGCUACUGGAACACAAUUACUGCAUCCAUGACUAUAUCAUGGUUAGCUCAUAAAACACUGAUUAUUGCAAAGGGCAAUUUGAAUUUGGAAUUAGCUGAUUUGCAGAUCUGUUACAAAAUUAUGUCAUUCAUUACUGGACCCAGUCCAUCAUGAGACACAAAAUAGUGGAUGAGCUAUUUUUCUAUGUUGUGAUUGACUUGAUUGUAUAUAUGUGAAUUUGUACUUGAAAGCAUUUGAAAGAUGAUCAAGUUGUAUGAAAAGACAAUGUGAGUUAAUCCUUGUUGAUGUGAAUUUUACUUCUGAUUGUUGUUUUUUUUUUUUUGCUCCUGGAAACUAUGCUUGAAUGUGCUGAUUGUGAUGAGUGUUAGAGGUAAAUGAGUAAGGGUCCUACUAGUGCAAACCUACUGUAGAAGCUUACACAGAGCUUACAAACAAACAUGAACACAGGACAUUCAUGCCCUUGUUGGUGUCUUUUUGAUGAAAAAGUAACAGAGGGUAUGCAAUAAUAUUUUUGUAAAUAUCUGCUAGUUUUUCCUGAUUAAGGAGAACCUUGUGGUUCUCAUGAGGCUGUGCCUCUGCUCGAUGUGCUGUGCUGUGUGGUUCUGAUCAGCAUUCCUCUCACAUCUACAGAUGAGUGAUGAGGCCUCGGGAACAUUUAGUAACCCUGGCCUGAGGACCAAUGCAGGAUACAUAUUCAUUUGUCUAAUUCAGUUGUGCCCAUUAAAAGCAUCAAUAGUGACUAUUAUAAUGUGAAGUUGUUCUUACUUAGACUAUCUGGACGUUUUUGAAAGCUGAAAUCUGGAGGCCUGGUUUAAUUUUCUGUGGUUUUCUGCUCUAUUCUUAAGGAAUUUUUUAGCUGCAUGCAAAAUUCCUCUUUUGCGACUCACAUUUUAGUCUGUGAGGCUGCUAAAAGUCACAGUGGUGGGUUCCAGUGUUAGUCAUAAUCUGUUGCUAUAGCGCUCUUUCAGAAUUCUCCCUGUGUUCUCUUCAAAACUCACAGUUAUGUUUUAUAUACAAGGGAUCCAGUUUUCAAGAUGAAGGUGUAAAGUUUGUGCAGCCAUUUUAAAUGUAAUCCUCUUGGCCUAGAACCUUUUUUCAUUUUGUAAUAGGAAUUCAUCAAAACCUUCAUGAAAUGCAAUAAAAUCUCUGAAAUGA